GAGACUACGUUGUGUGUCAACAGUUUAAAGACCGAAAGAGUUAUAAAGCUGUUCAAGAUGCCAAAGACAAAAGUGACGCCCAGAAGGGGGAAUAUUCCUAUCUCAAUGGAAGUUGACGCUAGUGAGCGGAUGCUUUGUCCUUUCUGCCCUUCUACCUUUAGGACCAAAGAACAAAGAAACAAGCAUAUAAUUGAAUGCACAGAUUCUAGAUUAUUUUGUGACUUGUGCUCGUAUAACACCACCAAACGGGUAUAUCUUAAUAAGCAUAUCAAGAACAUUCCUUGCUCAGCUGAACCCGGAAAAGAAGGUACGGAAAUCGAGAAUAACGAUAAGGCUGACAAUAAUAAUAACAAUGUGACUCAAUCUUCAGAAGAAAAGAGAAUUGACAAAGACCACAACAAGAUAGAUCAGAAGGACCCCGAUAAGGUUGAUAAUAAUAGUGAGUCUUCAAGCUCGGAAGAAGAUAACGGCAAAGAGGAAGUGGACAAUUCAAAAAGUCUAUUUGAGGACAUUUCAAGUGAUGAAGAUAUUGUUGAGAUUAGUGUUGACAAAGUUAGGGAUCCAGGGACUCCGGAGGCGGCUAAUAUGGCUGAUAAGCCAACAACUUCAACUGUGGAGAUUGGACGAAUAAUAAGAAAGGUUACGAGACCAACUCCGGUGCACACGCCAAGAGGAAAAGUACAGGAUCUUAGGCAGAAAUUGGCAAAGACUUUGGCCCCUCAGUUAGUGAAUACACCUAAGAUUCACACUAUAAGGGGAAUGGAAACGGUUGGUGCAAAGGAGCAGUCUGCAAAGGAACCAAGACUAGUGACCAAGUACAUCAAAAUAAUAACUGAUUAUGAAGAAAAUGGCAAAAAGAUCAGAAUCAUUGAGAAGAAAGUGCCAGCUGAAUCAAUAUAG